AUGUUCGAAGCUUUGACAUCCUCUACUCAACAACUCAUUCAAUCACAGCAAAAUCAAGAGAAGGAAAUUUCAGAUCUUAAGAAACAAGUGGGAGAAUGUGUCAACAAGUUGAAUCAAUUGCAUGAUCAAGGAAAACUUCCAAGCAACACAAUACCAAACCCAAGAGGAGGGUUUGAGUCCGCCAAAGCAGUAACAACACGAAGUGGAAGAGUACUCAAUGACGUCCCUAAGGCACAGAAGAAGGACAACAGUGUUUCUGACCCGUCCAGGAUUGAAACUGAACUUGCAAUCCCAGACCCAGCUACUUCGAGGAUUGAAGACUCAUUGCAAUCCCCAAUGAAACCAGAAACCAAAGGUAAAAUUUCUAACUCUUCAAUUCCGGUUCCUACUAAUCCUCUUUCUUCUUGUCUACCUUUUCCAAGUAGAUUUGCUCAUUCAAAUGAAGAAGAAGACAAGAGGGAUGUUUUGGAUAUUCUCUGGAAAGUUCAAGUCAACAUUCCUCUCUUGGAUAUCAUAAAACAAGUGCCAAAGUACGCCAAAUUCUUGAAGGACUUAUGCACCAAGAAGAGGAAGUUCAAGGGGAAUGAAGUAGUAGCUCUUAGUGAGGAGGUGUCAAGUAUUCUUCAACGAAAGCUUCCACCUAAGCUCAAGGACCCUGGACAAUUCACCAUUCCAUGCACAAUUGGUGUAAAGAGGUUUGAUAAGGCUUUACUAGAUUUAGGAGCUUCUAUAAAUUUAAUGCCUUUCUCUGUGUUUUCAACUCUUAAUUUAGGUACACUAAAGAGGACCUCUGUGGUGAUUGAGCUUGCGGAUCGCUCAUCUGUUCAUCCUUUAGGAGUAAUUGAAGAUGUUUUAGUAAGGGUGGAUGGAUUGGUUUUGCUUGCUGACUUCUUUGUGAUUGACAUGGAGGAGACGUCAAGUCCCACAUCAUUGCCUUUAAUUUUAGGGCGUCCCUUCAUGGCAACUGCUCACACAAACAUCAAUGUCUACAAGGGAACGUUGACUAUGGAAGUCAAGGGCGCCAAAAUUGUAGCAUUUGGAUGA